UAUUCACGCUUUCAAUCUCUGAAGCAAGAUUAACCGAAGCCGCCUUCGCUAUCGUCUCUUGAUUGGCGCUCGACACAGGCAGCACCACGGUGAAGCUGUAAAGAUCACCGUCUCCGCCUCACCAUGGCUGACCUUGAUGCGGAACUGCUCGCACUCGCCGGAGGUGAUUCCUCCGGUGAAGAGAGCACGCCUUCAUCUCCUAAACCAAAGUCUUCCUCGCCACCACGAACGAAACAACAACUACGAAGAGCACCAUCACCAGCAGACAUGGCUCGUAAAGGUGUGGCUAAGACUGUCAAACGUCCCAGACGUCGUAAGGCAUAUUCUGAUGAUGAAGAUGAAGCGUCCUCGCUUUCUCAACACUCAGAGUCCGCAUCCAUGUCCCAAUCCGACUCCGAAGCCGACUUCGAGCCCGGCGCAGAGAAACCAAUCUUUCCUUACGAAAAGCUGUACUAUGACGCCGAGGACAAGGCGCGUAUCGAAUCAAAGCCUGAAAUUGAAAGAGAAGAGAUUCUAGCUCAGCGUAGUGAACAGGUCGAACGCCAUGAACAGGAUCUGACACUCCGCCGCCUCGUCGCUGCAAGAGCCCGCGAAGAGGCAAAAAAUGCCGCAAAGAAUAAGCGCAAGGCUAGCGCAGCCGAUCUGGAAGACACACAGCGCAAGAGCACCCGUCAACGUACCAAGGUCGGCGGUGGCCGGGUUGGUGAAGCAAGCAGUGCCAUCGAAGCAUACAAACAACAGCGAGCCGAAAAGAACCUUCGAGAUGAGCAGAGAAAGAAAGAUGGCUACACCAGAAAGCCGGCAUCUCCACAGGAGGACUACAGCGAUGCGGAUGCGGAAGGCGAGAGUGACAACGACUAUGACGAUCGCAAAUACCGAAGACGAUCACCAAGUCCACCCAAGGACGAGCCAAUUGCUGAACUGGCUGACAUCCAGCGAGCGAAGGUCGGUCGUGACAAUUUUGCUCAGGUCUGCCUCACUCCUGGAUUCGAGGGAGCCAUCACCGACUGCUAUGUGCGCGUCUGCCUGGGUCCUGGUCGUGAUCCUAAGGUCAAUGAGUACCGCCUCUGUCUCAUCAAAGGCUUCACCAUAGGCAAGCCAUACGCAAUGGUAGGCUCCAACGGCAGACCAUUCCCUGUUGAGACCUACAUUAUUGCCGCGCAUGGCAAGGCCGAGCGACCAUGGUCUUUCCUGGAAUGCUCCAUGUCCAAGUUCACAGAAGACGAAUGGCGCCGAUACCGUGUGGUCAUGGCUAAUGAGGACUGCAAACUGCCUACCAAGAAGUUUAUCAACGCGAAACUCGAUCAGAUUAAUACGCUGCUGGCACAUCGGUUCUCCGAGCAGGAAAUCUCACAGAAGAUCAAAAAUCAGAACACACUCAUGGAGAAGAUCACUCGGAGCCAAGAGAAACAGGAUUUGCGCGAACAGAUCAAUGCGGCCAUAGCGGAUGGAAACGAAGAGCUUGCUGAAGAACUCGAGAAUAAGCUCGCUAGCGUUAUCCCACAGAAAUUGGCGUUUGGCACAAGUCUUUCGCGAGCACAAUCCGAAUAUGUCAACGAAGAUCAAGAACGGAUUGCCGAGCUCAAUCGACGAAAUCAGAGAGUGAAUGCCGAGAAUGUUCGCAAGGCGCAGCUGGCCGAGAUGCGAGCUAGGAAGUCAAAGAAGCUUACCGUUCCGGGUGUUGACGACUUGUUCGAAGGUGGAAGCGAUAUCAGCCGCACUGGCACGCCAGUCAACGGUACAGGUACCCCUAAACUGGUUGCGAAUCUGUCGCGUAUGGGAACUCCCAACCCUCCAACCACCUCGAACGGCACUCCAACAAGCUCGACACCCUCCGGAAUUGUGGUCAAACCAGUUGCGAAAAAGAAGGGCUUACCUGUAAUUCGGAAGGCAGCAUUGGAUGAUGAAAUACUGGCUUCCAUGGAUCUUGGAAUUGACAUUGACGACCUUUGAGGCACGACAAGAGAGGCAUUGGGGCUCUUUGGAAACUUAGACUCAUUGGCAUUGGGAUUGGACGAUUAAAGCGAAAACAUUGUGCCUAAAGACAGACACAGAGAGGGAAGCUCAUUGGGCAGGUUCCGACCCUUUUCGCCGCGAGCACGAGGACAGCUCUCGACUGAGCAUUGAGCAUGUAUGAAAACGACUGGACUAACAAAAUUGAACUGUACAUUACUCAAAUGUUGACAUUGGGCCGACCUUAGACACUCCUCAUUUACCUAGGUAUUGGCCUCGACCUUGCGACUCAUCCGCGGACUGACCACCCACGUUGACCUUCCACUCUGACUCAACCCUCACUCUCAAAUCUCUUGCGCUUGCGAGAGACCUUCACUUCAUU